AUGUGCCUCACCCUGAAACCUGCUGACAAUUCAUGUACUUUCCUGUACAGAUUGGAACUCACAAUGUUGCAGCAUUAUUAGACAGUGGUAGUAGUAUUAAUGUCAUGUCUGAUUCUUUGUUUGAACAAUUACCACAUUCUUCUAAAAGUAGUAUCAAUUUGUGUGAUGCUGUGUCUAUAGGCUUAGCCAAUGCUUCCAAGGUACAGGUCAAAGGUUCUGCUAAUGUUCAGGUCAAGUUACCUAAUGGCAAGUGUACAAUACAUGUUUAUAUUCUACAGCAAACAUCACAUCCUCUUAUUUUGGGUACUACUUUUAUGCAUGAACAGCAUAUUGUUUUGGAUUUUGGAUCUAUGCUUGUAGGUUCUAAAAAAUUGAAAGUUAGGAGUAAAUCUGUUCUUGAGAUUAGGCCUAAUUCUGAGUGUAUAGUGAUGUGUAAACUCCCUAAGGGCAGUAUGAUAGGAUUACAAGGUGUUUGUUCUCUAAGUAAAAAAUCUGCAAAAGCUGGCCUUUUGGUAACAAAAUCAGUUAACACCAUCUAUCCAUCGCGCAAAGUUCCCAUCAAGAUUUUAAACCCUAGUAAUACCUGUAUUGUGGUACCUCGAAAUACUGUGUUGGCUGAUUUUGUUGCUUUGGAUAGCUCAUAUCAGGUUAUACCUCAAAAUACACAAACUUUUGCUAGUAUUUCAACAUGUAACAAUAUGUCUUUUAAGAAUGUUACCUCUGAUGUAGGUUACAAUGUUGACAAAGAUGAUGCCUACAAUGAUGAUCUUGUACAUAAACAUGUGUCUGCUAGUACCUGUAUUAAGAAUGCUGUUUCUGAGACUUUUGAUUUUGAUGUUCACACUUUUUCAUUACCUCUUACUGGGAAAGAUGUCACAGGUACUAUCUCUGAUGUAGUUACAAAGGUUGAUAUCACUGACAAUAACACUGGUGUUUGUAACAAUGUUGUCAAAAAUUUUACUAGGAAUGUUGCCUCUAAUGUUGUUUCUGAUGAUAAUACCAGUGCUUCUCAACAUGUUGUUCAUAAUGUUGCCAGUAAUAUUGCUACAAAUGAUGUCACAACUGUUAACACAAAGAAUUCUCAAAAAGUAGCCAGUCAUGUUGCCAAUGAUGUUGCCAGCAAUGUUGUCUGUGAUGUUUUGGAUAAUGUUGUAAAUAAUAUUGCCAAGAAUGUUGACACACAUGUUUUUCCAAAUGUCAAAGCAAACAGUUCUCAAAAUGUAGUCUGUCAUGUUGCCAGUGAAGUUGACAACAAUGUUGUCUGUGACUUUUUAGAAAACAUUGACCCUACUAAUCAUAGUUUUGUUGAACAUGAUACUGUAUGUAGUACUACACACAAUGUUGUUACAGAGCCAAGUGAUACAAAACCAUUUUUGAAAUUUAUCUCUUACUUUGAUAUGAACAAUGACAAAUUCAAUUUAUCACUAGACCAACUCAACAGUCUUAAACAGUGUGUGUAUCGGAAUCGUGACGUAUUCGUAACGGAUGAAAAUCCUUCUUUAGGGUUUACUACAGUGGUGGAGCAUCGUAUUAACUUGAAAGCUGAUGCCAAACCUAAGUAUCACAAACCGUAUAGACUAUCUCCGGACAAACGUGAUGUUUUGCGUGUACAAUUGACUAAUCUCCUAAACCAGGGUAUUAUAGCACCUCUUGAUGAAAAGGAGGAUGUACCAAUAUCUAGCCCUAUUGUGCUUGUUUCAAAACGGAAGUCUGGUGAUAACUCCACUCAGCCAUCGUCAUCUUACUGAUUCUGUUGCGAUUUUCGCUACUUGAAUUCACAAACUGAACCAUUUCGCUACACAAUACCAAACCUUCAGGAACUGACUGAAUCAUUUGAUCGUCAAAACCCAAAUUACAUCACCUAUUGAUAUGAGUUCUGGCUUUUUUCAGAUGGGGAUAGAGAAGGACUCUACAAAGUAUACAGCAUUCAACACUUGCUUUGGUAGCUACAAAUUUUUACGCCUACCUAUGGGGUUGAGCACAUCUCCCAACAGCUUCCAGUUACUUAUGGACAAAGUACUGCACGGUUUAACCUUCAAAUCAGUCUUGUGUUAUUUGGACGAUAUUCUAAUUUGCUCGCAUACUUUCGAUCAGCACAUGGCAGAUAUUGAGGAAGUGUUUAGUCGUCUUCGGGCAGCUGGUCUGAAGCUAGGCCCGAAAAAGUGUUCGUUCGCGAAGUCAACAUGUACUUUUCUCGGUCAUGAAAUUUCAUGUGCUGGUAUCCGUCCACCUGCUGACCGUGUGAACGCUGUUCAGAACUUUCCUGCACCUACUAGUCAGAAGGAGUUACGCCGUGCGAUGGGUCUCAUGAAUUGGUUCAGGAAAUUUAUACCUCAGUUUAGCGAAACGUCAUUUCCACUUACCCAACUGUUGAAGAAAGGUAUUCGUUUCUGUUGGACUUCAGAACAUGAUCGCGCAUUUCAGAAACUUAAAACAGCGCUUUUGGAGUCGGAAGCAUUAGCAUUUCCUCGCUAUGAUAUCGAAUUUCGUGUAGCAGUGGACACAUCUUGUCGGGGCAUUGGCUAUAUGCUAUAUCAAAUUUGAAUACUUAUCAACAGACGUAUGGACCAACAAAAUUAGAAUUAUUGGGCAUGGUGCAGUGUUUUGGAUUGCGCGCAUUAUCUACGUGGUAGACAUUUUGUAGUCGAGUGUGACCACCAAGCUUUACAGCCUUUAUUCCAGAAGCAGCUUCGUGGGGCGAUCUAUGAACGAUGGCUCGCCAUCCUUCAGCAAUUUGACAUUAGUAUUGAAUACAAACCCGCUCGCCAGAUGGUAGUGCCUGACGCUUUAUCGCGAUGCCACCCUUAUCCUCAUGGAGUUAUAGAUUCCAGUCCAGCGGAGGAGGAUUUGAAUUUUCCUUUCAUCGAGGAUGUUCAUGCUGUUGGGGUCACCCUCCCUAAUGGACAGAAAUUAAGUUCUGUCAUUCAUUCUGAUAGUAGUGACAAUGACAUUAUUGUGAAUAACAUGUGUAUGAUUCCCUCCUCUGUCUUACGGUCAGACAUUGUUUGUAGUGAUGCUUAUGAUGCGGACACUGAGGAUGGUGAUAUUGCUGUCAAGGGUGUACCACAAAGGAAAAAGCCACCUACGGUUUAGAAUCUCAGAGUGAUUUCUUCAAAGUGUCUAAUAUAGGGGUUGAGGAUGUUAUCAAGAUGCAACAUCAGGAUGAUACCUUCCAACCAAUGAUUGACUAUUUAACCCAAGGGGAACUACCCAAUUCUCAGAAAGCUGCAAGGAAAAUCAUUCUUGAGAGUGCAGAUUAUGUUUUGAUCAACCGGAUGCUUUUUCAUUCCCGUGUAGCAAAGUCAAAACGUUUGAUGUCACUAAAACAUUAUCAGUUGGCUUUACCCACCACUUUAGUACCUACUGUCCUACAAAUUUACCACGACUCUGUUAUAAGUGGACAUUGUGGAAUACAGGAGACCAUGGAUCGUAUCCGUGAGCAUUAUUUUUUCCCAGGCUUAUCAACCAUUGUGUCAGACUACGUACGUUCUUGCCCAUCUAUUAAUGCCACAUAAUAUGCUUAUAGAAUUAUCUCCCAUGUAUAUGAUUUGCCAACAUUCAAUUUUGAUUGUUUGACUUUAACAGAGUUUCUUGACAUGAACUAUUUGUGUCCCUUUAAUUUGCCUGCACCUAGAUAGAAUGUGCCUUUAAUGAGUUGACAUGAGUUUAUGGACUGAUUAUUUGAGAUUACCAAGUAUACUUAACUACCCAAAUAUGCUUAAUCUACACCAAUGAUAUUUUCUACUGUUUUGAAUUGUGGAUGAUAUUUGCUACUGUUUUACAUUGUGGAUGAUAUUUGCUACUGUUUUACAUUGUGGAUGAUAUUUGCUGCUGAUUUGUAAUACUCGAUAUACCUUGCUUUUUCAUAGGUAGUACAUUAUGUUAAUUUGUAUACCAACAAAGUGUUAUUUCAACAAUAUAUUGAUAAUUGGAUUGCCACAGACAGGUUGCAUAUUAUUGGUUCUACAAACUCUUCAUAAUGAAAUAUAAUGAAUUGACUUGAUUAUUUGCUAACAAUUGUAUCUGUGAGUGUUUGUACCUUGUGCACAGGUGAUUAUAUGAGAGGUGUAUGUGGUUGCAUUUAAACUACUCAAUUUUCUUGUAUUUCUAUAUAAUAGAUAUGCAUCUGUUCUCACAUGGUUUAUGCUCUGAUAAAUUUAAAUGACAUUAGUUGCAUUAAUCUGUAUCAAUCUGUUUUGAAGAUAUGCUUAUUUCAAUGUUGGUUUACCAAGCCUUGUACUACUUUCACCUGACAGAUGAUGAAUUUAUAAUUGCAAGUUAUAAUUGUUCGAUUGAUGAGAUCAAAUGUAGUCAUUAUUUUGGCAUUGAUAUUGACAAUUUUCAUAUGCAUAGUUUACUAAAAUAUAUUAUUAGCCUCUGCUU